GGGAGUUUCUGGAACACAGGAACUCGAAAUCAAGGAAGUGGUUACAGAUGGAGCUAAAACAAUCGGGUCAUCAGCUGGACCCUCGUUACGCCAUACUGCAUAAUAAUCCAUAACCAAAGCAUCCCGCAAUCAGAGACAAAGGGUUAGCAAGAUAUCAUUGAAUAGCUGGACUUUGUCCACAGAGGCCGUAGGUCCGGAGUCAGGGAGUUACAUGCGUACAACUUGGCGACCUUUCCCCAGCAUCAUGAACCGGUCACAGUUGUGCCUCUCGCCGGCUCUGCUUCUUGUCAUAUUUACCAUCAUACAAAUUUCUGCCCUGAAGUAUGAGACUGGAAAGACGUACAAGUAUUCGUACAGCACAUCAGUGUUGUUUAACGACCUGGACAGUCGCAAGGCGACCAAGGCUCAGAGGGACACAGGAGUACAUCUCUCCCUGGGCCUGGACAUCACACCCCUGUUGCAGGAGGAUGAGUCACAGCUGUUCAAGUUGAAGCUUAACACUGCCACAGUCCUGAGUGCAUCCAGGGAGAACCAGGAGAGGACCCUGGGGACCUUGCUCAAGUACCCCGUGUACUUUGAGUUGAACAAGGACAGCAUGGGGAGGCUGUUCAUCCCAGAGACAGAGUCGGCAUUCUGCAGCAACAUCAAGAAGGGCAUUAUCUCCCUCUUCCAGGUGCAGGAACAGCCCGGGGACAGGUCAGAGAUAGAUGUGUCCGGAGAGUGCCUGGUCCUCUACACCCAGACAUCACCCACCCAGAUCACCAAGACCAAGAAGGAGUGCAAUAAUCUCGAGAUUGCUGGACAGUUCUCAAGCCCCAAUAAAAUUCUCGGUGUAACUGUUGCCAGCAAAACAACUCUAGAUUAUGAAUUUGAAAAUGGAAUAAUAAAGACAAUAAGCGGAGUCAAUAUGGUGUCCAGUCAUCUCAACAUGAGGUCCUCCAACAAUGGUGGUGCUACUGUCAGCCAAAAAUUAACAUUCCAAGGUGCAUCACCAUCCAGUGAAGCUGUGUCUGCUGCUGACAUUGAUACAGCCAUACCCAUGUUGGAAAAAGAAAUAGGAAAAAGCUUUAUGUUGUCUUUGCUGCCAACAGAAUCUGAAAUCACUCAAUGUAUAGAAAACUGUGAAUCUCCAACAAAGAUAUUAAGCAAGGUGCACGAAGAUCUAGUGGCAGACAAAGUGUCAACCGUUGCAUCGGCUAAAGCAUUUAUGAAGAUGUUGAAGAGUUUCCGGAAUGCUGGGAAGCAAACGAUAGCUGAAGUAUUGACCAGUCCAGACUCGUAUUACACCGUCCCCCAGCUGAUUGACAUAGCCACUGCAUCCCAGACAUCGGCUGCCCAGAAAGCCAUGAUGGAGCUGCUGGUGUUUGAGGAGGACUACGGCACUGAACACCCAGAGCGGUACCUGCUGGCAGCCACCUACUCCACUCACCCAGGGGAGUACCUCAUCAAGGACCUGCUGAAAAUACUCAAGAAGCCGGUGCCCAAUGAGAGUUUGAAGGAGUCCUUGCUCCUAGCUACUGGCGCUGUCAUCCACACCUACUGUCAGGUCAAGGACCAGUGCACUCACCAGGUUGUACAAGACUUCCGCACUCUGUUGGUGGAGGGAGUUGCACAAUGUACGGACGAUGCUUGUCGCCUGAUGUACCUGCGUGCACUAGGCAACACUGGUCUACCUGACACAGUUCCUAUCAUCAUGAAGCUGGCUGUAGACAGCAACAACAGCAUGGUGUCUAUCACAGCAAUAGAGGCACUACGACGAGUUCCCAGCAAGUUCAUCACUGCAGAGGUGAGGGCCUCCCUGUCCCUCAUGUUCCACCAGAGCGUGCGUCGCUAUGACAGCAGUGUGCGGGUGGUGGCGCUGGACCUCCUGCUGCAGCAGGACCUGACUCUGAUGGAGCUGCGUAACAUCAUCCUUGCCAUGGCUGACAGGGAACACCAUGAGCUCUCCACCUUCAUCAAGAUGAAAAUCCUCGACACAGCACAGAAUGAUGAGAAUCUCAGGAGUAAAUUACAGACAAUAUUUAAGCAGAGCAGAAUCAACAACUACCAACUGAUGGCCCAGGGGGGGAAGUCCAGCUCCUUCACCGGCUACCUUGCAAAAACUGAAGACCUCAACUGUACAUACAACCUGUUGUUUGAAAAUUCCAACUCUGGUGUUAUGAAGCGCAGUGGGAUGAAAGUCAAUCUGUUUGGAAAUACGAAACAGCCUUUCAUGAAUAUCGGGAUAUACGGUGAGGCGUUGGAGUCGCUGAUGGGUGAGAGGAAGGUUCCUGCUGAGGGCGAGGGAGAAGGGGAUGCAGCAGGCCCCGAGAUUGCUGCCGGAUUGUCAUUCUACCUAAUGGAUGUUCUUCUCAAGCAGUACGAGUUCUUCCGGGGAAUGUCUGGGCUGAUGUCAGCGGUUUGGAAUGCCCCGUCAGAACUCGCCUCAGCACUCCAGGGCAACCUGUUGCUGCAGGACCACUCCCAAAGGGUUCAUCUGUCCAAUGGCCUCAUCCUCAAUGUGGAAGUCAUCGGCGUCAUCUCCAUCGACCUGGCUGGCUAUGUCAGCAUCAGUCUGUGGAACAGGAACUGUAAUUCACUCAUUAAAAAUAGUGGAGCCCUGUAUGUUGAGGGGAACAUGAGACUAGAGUCCUCAGAGCUGGGAGCAGGAAUUACCUAUAGUGGAGAGGGGCAGUCGGCCAUUGACUUCCUGUCUGACGCAGACUUUUAUGAGAUGCCACUUACGCUGUGUCUUCAGAUGAAAAGACCAGAAUUUAAAUUCAGGGAAACAGUGAGCAAGUACGAACAUAUCAAGGGUUUGAAGAAGUAUAACAUCCGCCUCAGCAAGACAAAGUCCAUAUCAGGAGAGUCCUUCUUCCUGAACAAAGCUAACGCAGAGGAGUGUAAACUAAUGAAGAAGGAAGAAGCAUAACAGAUUCGGAACAGCUUGCCAUGAUGAUUGUGUCAACACCUUGUAUAUACUGAUGUGCCAAAAUGAACUACUCAAGGACCAUAGGAAACCGAACAAAUAUAAUUAUUGCUUUUGUACAUAUGAAUGAAUGUUCUAAUGCUGACUUUUUACUAUUCCUGAUGAAAUUUAUUUGAUCAAUUUGAAGAAUAAAUGUUUUUGUUUUUUCAA